GCUUGCAUUCACCUGAUUGGUCGAUGCGCACGCGCGGGCUCCGUUGCCCCCCCUCCCCUCAGGGGUAGGGGUUGGAGCAGCUCCUGGUCAAGGCCCGGCAGUUGCCUGUCAUCCCUUAAGGGGCUCGUAGCUCGGUGUGGCAGUUGAGCGUCGUUGCGAUGAAGCCUCUCCGCUAUGUGUGGCCGUGCUGAUCUCCCCUGACAGGAAUAUGGCUGCGCGCCUGCCCGCGGCUGCUGCCUGGCUUAUGGCGGGGCCGGGGGGAGGCGGCGAGCGGGAGACGCGGGUCCUGCUGCGGUUGCCGCUGCUGCUGCCGUUGCUGCUGGGCAUCCUCCUCAGCCGGUGCCUGGGAGAGCAGCCCCCGCGCGGCUCUGCAGCCGCCGCUUCCUCCUUGUUGCCCGGCGUCUCCGACUCUGAGGAGACUGUUAUCAUUGGACUGCGGCUGGAGGAUACGGACGACGUGUCGUUCAUGGAAGGGGGAGCACUACGAGUGAGUGAGAGGACUCAUGUCAAGCUGCGGGUCUACGGGCAGAAUAUCAAUAACGAAACCUGGUCCCGCAUUGCCUUUACUGAGCAUAAGCGGCGGGGGGACGGAGAAGGCAGGCGGUCGCCGGCUGAGCAAGAAGAUGGCCCGGCUCUUGUAGGCACUACGUCGUCGGCCCCGCAGCGCUGCGGCAUCCGCACUUCGGACAUCCUCAUCCGGCCGCACAUCAUUCUAAACCGCCGCACCUCGGGCAUAAUCGAAAUCGAUAUCAAGCCUUUGCGCAAAACAGAGAAGAGCAAGUCCUACUACCUGUGCACUUCCGUGUCUUCCCCAGCUGUUCUGGGGGGUCCAGGGGGUUCCGCUGGGGGCAGCAGUGGCGGAGGGAGCAUUAUUGGCUCUGAUGGGAGCCCCUGGACUGAGACUACCUGGAUCUAUCAUGAUGGUGAGGACACCAAGAUGAUAGUGGGCGAGGAGAAGAAGUUUUUGCUUCCCUUUUGGCUUCAGGUGAUCUUCAUCUCCCUCUUGCUGUGCCUCUCUGGCAUGUUCAGUGGCCUCAACCUGGGACUUAUGGCCCUUGAUCCCAUGGAGUUGCGAAUUGUGCAAAACUGUGGGACAGAAAAAGAGAAGAACUAUGCCAAACGUAUUGAACCUGUGCGCCGCCAGGGCAAUUACUUGCUCUGCUCCCUACUGUUGGGCAAUGUGUUGGUCAACACCACCCUUACUAUCCUGCUUGAUGACAUUGCUGGUUCUGGGCUGGUGGCCGUGGUGGUCUCCACCAUCGGCAUUGUAAUCUUUGGUGAGAUCGUGCCGCAGGCUAUUUGUUCCCGGCAUGGCCUUGCCGUAGGUGCCAACACCAUCUUCCUCACCAAGUUCUUCAUGAUGAUGACCUUCCCAGCUUCUUACCCAGUCAGCAAACUGCUGGACUGUGUGUUAGGGCAGGAGAUUGGUACUGUCUACAACCGUGAAAAAUUACUUGAGAUGUUGAGGGUCACUGACCCUUACAAUGAUCUGGUCAAAGAAGAAUUGAACAUUAUCCAAGGAGCGCUGGAAUUGCGCACAAAAACAGUAGAGGAUGUAAUGACCCCACUCCGGGACUGCUUCAUGAUUACUGCUGAAGCUGUGCUUGAUUUCAACACUAUGUCUGAGAUAAUGGAGAGUGGUUAUACCCGAAUACCUGUCUUUGAAGGGGACCGCUCCAACAUUGUGGACCUCCUUUUUGUCAAGGACUUGGCCUUUGUGGAUCCUGAUGAUUGCACUCCACUCAAGACCAUCACCCGUUUCUAUAACCAUCCACUGCACUUUGUCUUCAAUGACACCAAGCUGGAUGCCAUGCUUGAGGAAUUCAAAAAAGGUAAAUCUCACUUGGCAAUAGUGCAGCGGGUGAACAAUGAAGGGGAAGGGGAUCCUUUUUAUGAAGUCUUGGGCAUUGUUACCUUGGAAGAUGUAAUUGAAGAGAUCAUCAAGUCUGAGAUUCUAGAUGAAACAGAUCUGUACACUGAUAACAAGACUAAAAAGAAAGUAGCCCAUCGGGAGAGAAAGCAGGACUUCUCUGCCUUCAAGCAGACAGACAGCGAAAUGAAGGUUAAAAUCUCACCACAGUUGCUCUUGGCAAUGCAUCGUUUCCUAGCAACAGAGGUUGAAGCAUUUGGCCCAUCCCAGAUGUCUGAGAAGAUCCUGCUAAGGCUGCUAAAACAUCCCAAUGUCAUUCAAGAGUUGAAAUACGAUGAGAAGAAUAAGAAAGCCCCUGAAUACUACCUCUAUCACCGAAACAAGCCUGUUGAUUACUUCAUUCUAAUUUUACAGGGGAAAGUAGAAGUGGAGGCUGGGAAAGAGGGAAUGAAGUUUGAAGCUGGUGCUUUCUCCUACUAUGGAGUGAUGGCUCUCACAGCAUCCCCAGUUCCCUUAUCCCUGUCUCGUACUUUUGUUGUCAGCAGAACUGAAUUAUUAGCAGCAGGUUCUCCAGCUGAAAACAAGUCACCACCUCGUCCUUGUGGCUUGAAUCAUUCAGACUCUCUUAGCAGAGGGGAUCGCAUAGAUGCAGUGACACCAACGUUGGGGAACAGCAACAACCAGCUGAACUCCUCAUUUGUUCAAGUGUAUGUUCCAGACUACUCAGUGAGAGCAAUCUCAGACAUUCAGUAUGUCAAGAUCUCAAGGCAGCAAUACCAAAAUGCCCUAAUGGCAUCCCGGAUGGACAAAACACCUCAGUCCUCGGACAGUGAAACCACUAAAAUAGAACUGACUCUUACAGAACUACAUGAUGGUUUGCCGGAUGAGACGGCAAAUCUGCUGAAUGAACAGAAUUGUGUAACUCACAACAAGUCCAACCACAGUAUGCACAGUGAAGGCGCCAUCUAGGAGCUGACAGAUAGCAGCUCCCUUUUCCUCUGCCCUCCAGUCCAGCCCUCCUAUUCAUCAGGACCAGUCCCUAUUCCUUCUCCUUGCCUUCUACCUGACUGCAAACACCAUUAGUAUGUGCUUAUCAAACUGUGCUGCAUCCAGAGCUCUGAGACCAAAGACUUUAUGCCCAUCUCGGGAGCAGAAAAAAGUGGGAGCAAAGGAGAGCUCAGAGAGUGAGACACAGAUACAGGAAACAGCAACAAUCUCCUAAGCAAACCUUGGGAAUGGUGAGCCACCCCUCUGGGGUGAAUGACAAAAUUCUUCCUAGUGGAGCAGAAUCACGUUUAUUUUUCCAGUUGUAUUGUUGAUCCUUCUAAAUGUGUGCAGAAAAGUUUAAACCAACAAUUGUGGUUUAUUUUUUCAAGAGAGAUCAUGGUUUUUUUAAAAAAGUAUUUUGCAGUUUUAAAUGUUGCAGGACCUUCCCAGUUGAACUCUAUUGUGUUUUUUUGUGUGAAUUUGCCCAUUGUUCCUGUUUUCCCCUUAUCUUUCUGUUUCCCCCUUGCUGAUACAGCAAACUGGUACUAAAAUGUAUUUGUUUUGUAACGAACAAAAAAUGAAUGAAACCGAAGGAACCUCUGGCAUAUAUCUAUUGGGAGCCUGGGGGAAAGGCUGUAUUUACCCCUUGACUAACCUCUACAGGAGGGGUUAUUUUGGGGUUGUGCAUUCAAAAAUUCCUGAAAAGGUCAUGUUUAGAGUUAAGGAAUAUCAAAGAAAACAUAAUGUGUGCUGAAUGAAGGUGGGUUCUUGAUUUUUUAAAAGGUAGUACAUUUUCCAGAUAAUUGCAUAAAGUAAUUUUAAGCCCAGAUGUUUAUUCUGGGGAAGUAAUGAUAACCUACCUCCCCUGUUCUGAGUGCUGUCCUACAUGUUAUAUUUUCAGAGGGUGAUGCACCAUCAUAGUCAACAUGUCUUUUACUUUGAGCAAAGAUCUUAUAAUGUUAAUAGGAUAGAUUGUAAGACUUGUCAGUCUGCCAAAACCCUAAAACUUUUUGUGUAAACAUGCUGCUGAUGAGGGUGGCCAAAGUAAAUCACUCAGAGGUUUUCUUCUUGCCUGAUGAAGGUUACUGUGGAUGCUGGACUGCUCUGCCCUGUUAGAUUUGAGGAAAGCCUUUCAGUAUAGCAUCAAGCUGUAUUUGAUGGAGUAUGUGUGUGACAGAGUACAUUUCAACAGUGCUAUUGGAGAGAAGCAGCUGAGAGCAUUUCUGCUCCUCCUCCAUCUUCUAACCUUCCCUUUCAUUUGUAUUUGUUCUGUGACAGAGCCACCUUGACAUGAAUACCAAACUGGGGUUGCCUUUUGGACAUUCCUACCUCUCUGCAUCUCAGGAGGUUGAAAUGUACUAUGUAAAUAUUAUUGGGGAGUCAACCUAGAGGAGCUCUUUGCAUUGUGUAUUUCAACAACUUCACUUGACAUUAUUGUGACUCUGGGUUGCCUGGGCCUCUUCUCAUUGAUUAUGAGAGGUAUGGCAGUGAACAUCAGUAUUGGUCUAUUGAUAGAGUGGCCUGUUCUGUGGUGCAGUCACUGGACCAACUUCCACACUUCGCUACGUACAGGAUAUCCUGAGAUCUGGAAGGGCUAUCUUCCUUUACCCAAAUGGAAAAGCAGUUUAGUGCUGACGGAAGCAAAUUUUAUUUACAUACUUCAUAGUUCUGCUUAUGUAAUGUUUUCAGGAAAGGAACAAUUUUCACCUCCCAGAACUCCUUAUGUGUACUUAAGAGUGAGUUGUAUCCCAUUAGUCAGUAUUUCAUUUUUGGCCCAUGUAAUAAGGAAUGGCAAGGAGGAAGUUAAAACAUUUUUAAAAGCCCUUGGAGCAUUUCAACCUUUCUAGUAAAAAGCCUUCAUGGAGAGGCAUCUCAGUUCUAAUCAUGACUAGAAAAACGGAAAUUUUAAUUUACUAGCAUAAUUCUUUUUUAAAGUUGUCGAGGGCUGUAUGUGAACAAAACUAACCAGUUUGCAUUGUUUUAUUCUGCUCUCUCUUUGUUAAACAUGUUUCUUCAUGGAAUGACGGCUUUUUACAGGCUUAGUCAGUACUUAAAGAAAUGAAGAUAGGCCUUUUGAACUUGGAGGCGGCCAGAAUUGCAUGCUUGUUUCCAGAGCAGUGCAACAAUUUUAAACAUGAAUUCUGGAUUGUUAGGUAAUGUUGAAGAUGAUGCCUAGAUUGUGUUUUGGAUCAAAGCAGUCAAACUACAACUGGCAGAAAGUAAAGAAUAUCCUUGAGCAAGAGGCAGAUUCCUAAUUGAUUUUAUUCCAAGAUUUCAUUCAACUUUUGUGUCUUUCCAAAUAUGUUGUCCCUCAUACUGGUUAAAUCCUGCAAAGAAAGAAAUGCUGUUCCGGACUAUCAUGAAAUAAUUUUCUAGAAUUCUCUUAAAAGUUGGUGUUCUUCCCACAUUAAUGUAAUUGUUAUGAAUUAAACCCAGAAAAGACUAUAUAAGCUUGCAGUCUUCUCUAGCCUAGUCUUUUCUGAAUAAUCUCUCUCCCAGAAUGUUUUGUGGUACAGAGCAAAUGAGUAACAGGCCAUUUGUAUUAAAUGAGUACCAGCCCAUGUAGGGCUGGGAAGAUGCUCUCAGCUCAAAUCUGCCUCUGUUUCUGAGCAGUAUUGUGGAUAUAGGUGUCUUGACAUACCUUGGCACAGCAGGUACCUUCCGACUGCUUGCUGAAAAGUGAUCUCCUCUCCGUUCAACAGCUCUGUAGACUUGACUGAAUGUAUAACGGUAUUAAUGUGGAACGUCCACCUCCAUCAGGCUUUCUGAAUUUAGUCACAUCUAUAGGAAUUCUAUUCAAGUUGUUUUAAAAUGGUGCUUUCUGUGUUAUGUAUUAGAUCAACUAGUUAAAACACAUUUGGGGCAACAAUGUGUGAUUUACAGCAAUUGAAAAAAUGACCUUAGAGAGAGAACUUCUACAGCCCUUCUUGCCCAUAAGAUAGCAGCAGAUGAGGAUGGGAAUACCAUUUUUCUGUAGCUGGAAGCUUUGGGAAAUUCCGGUCUUCGGGCCUAGAUAAAACUUUGGUUUACUGUAAUUGGCAUCCUUCUCCAAUUGCUCUUGCUGCUUUUAUUCUCUGUGUCUCCCUUAUUAAAUCAGUCAGGAAUGUUAUGAUUACCAGCACUGACCAUCCAGCCUUUGUCUUAUAAUGUGCAGAUGGAUACUGGUUUUGCACAAAAGUUAUUUGAAGUGAGACUUUUGACGGUAGUAUUUAACAUGCCUAACUGUGAAUUACAUUUUACACCUGUAGGUGUGAAUGCCUUUGAACAACUUGAGAUCCUUGUACUUUUUUUCUAAAAUGCAUGUGUUGCCUUUCUCUGUG